AUGGCAGAUGUCUACGUGCUCCUGGGAAUCGUUGGCAAUGUCACAGCCAUGGUCAUGUUUUUGUCACCAACACUGAAAAUAAGGAGAAAAGAUACCCAUUUUUCUUUGUUUCUUGUUUCCAGGCCCACAUUCUGGAGGAUCAUCAAUUCUCGAGACACCGGAUCCUUCUCGCCAGUCCCAUACGCUUGCACGCUCCUCAAUUGCCUGCUCUGGUUCUUCUACGGCCUCCCCGCCGUCACCUCCAACAACACGCUCAUCGUCACCAUCAACGCCGCCGGGAUCAUCCUCGAGUGCAUCUACCUCAUCGUCUUCUUCACCUUUGCCCCCGCAACCCACAGGGGAUAUCUCAGCAUGCUGCUCGUUGGUGUGGCGGGAUUCUUCGCUGCCGCCAUCGCAGUCACUCUCACAGCAUUCCAGCAGGAGCAAAGAGCCAAAUUCGUCGGUGCGGUGUGUGUGGUGGUCGGGACUCUCAUGUACGCCUCGCCACUUUCAGUCAUGAAGCUGGUUAUCGCGACUCGAAGCGUCGAAUACAUGCCCUUUUCUCUGUCUCUCUGUAGCCUGAUCAAUGCGCUGCUAUGGACUAGCUAUGGAGUUCUCAAGCACGACAAGUUCCUCAUAGUAAGCUAAGCCUUCAAAAGUCGAAGAGCUUCUUUCACUGCUUUGUCCAUAGGUCCCAAACACGAUUGGAGCUAUCCUGGGACUACUCCAGCUCGCAAUUUACUCUCACUUCCAAAGGGAA